AUGGCAAGCGAUCCAAGUGAAGAGCUUGCCAAACGCUGGCCACACAACAAGGUGACCACAUUCACCAUCGAGCACGACUGGAUGGUUGGCCCGUUUCCGGGUUUGCCCGAGCUGUUAGCAACAGGCAAAAACAACUGGAAAGUAAUCAAGUCGGCCGUGUUUGUACCAGUUGGAGGUGGUCACAGUCUGGGGUUUCAGAUGGCACUCAAGCUUGAACGGCCUAGCGAUGGCAAGGAAAAAGUUUUCUUUAGCUUGUCCUGUUAUACAUUGAAAGAGAUUGCCAGUGAAGUGCUCGUCUCUUUCAAACUGGCCUUUAAUGAUGGCUCUGACGAUUGGGGGUUUUCCAAUUCCAAAUUUCACAACUUUACAAGUGAUAGUUCUUCGUGUAUCAUCACUUUAAGUAAUUUUUAUUUUGGUGAUCGAACAACCUUGCACCAAAUCGAGAAACUGACGGCUUCUAUCAAGCUUUCCGGCGCCUACAUCAAGGCGACCUCCUUUUUCCUCAGCCAAAUGGAGUUUCUGGAAAGUGGAACGCUGAGUGACUUUACCGUGGUAGUCGGCGACGGUGACAAAGAAGAGCAGCAGCGAAUUCCCGUUCACAGGGAGCGCCUCGCCGCCUGUUCGCCCGUCUUUGCGGCCAUGUUCCGCCAUGAGGACACCAAGGAGGCUCAGGAGAAGAAGGUGAUGAUCCCCGAUGUUCGCGCUGAUGUCUUCAAGGACUUUCUUCAGUUCGUCUACACCGGCGUGCGUCCUAAAUGCGGCCGCCUGACCACUGAGCUGCUGACUCUCGCUGACAAG